AUGAGUUGGAAAACAGUCGAAGCUGGAAGCGAGACCCAACAUGCUUCCUCUUGGAUCUCUUUUGUCUUCUUCAUUCUUUCUCUGGUUGUCGGAACUAGUAGCCGAAGCGAUAAGAUUUCACUGAAAAACUCAAGAACCAUUCAAGUUCCAAACAGGAAAGGAAUAGCGUUAGCUGGUUGUAUCGAUCGAAUAGGGAUGCGUUGUGUUCAAAUGAACUUCAUGAGCAUCUCGAUAAUUUCUAAACUCUCGAUUCCGUUUAUUACUCAAGGAAAUAUCGUGGACAGUUGCCACCGGAGGUGCACCCUAAUGCCGCCGGUGAUGGUGGUUUGUGGCUCCUUCUCAUUGAAACCUUCAGGUGUUGGUCUAGAUUUAAAGCUGUGUUAUAUUCCCUAUCUUUUCCAUGUUGAUGCUGAGGUUAAAACCGGUGAAUCAGUUGAUGUAGUUGUUGAAGAAGGCUCUGUUUUGCCAUUUGUACAGGGUGUGAUUAGCUGAGAAGACUUUCCAACUUUACAACAAACAUCUUCCUACCAGUAAAUUAUCCCUUGGAUGAUUUUUGUUUUGCAUUUUUACUUUUGGAAGCCAUUUAGAUUUCUCUUAAAAAUGAUAUAGGAUAGUUUUUCCAUUGAGCCCAAAUAUCAAAUACUUAAGCAAUUGACAUAAUUUAUUAAAAGUUGGAAUGCAAUUGUUGAAAUUUUCACG